GUGCCAAACAUAAAUAUGUAGGAUAUGCCAGGAUCUUGCUGGCACUGCUGUCCUUCUGGUACAUGCCGAUAGACCACAUCAAGGCCACCAUAUGCUAUCUGACCAGUGGAUUUUUAGAUGCUCUAGAUGGACACGCUGCUCGACUUUUUAACCAGAGCACCAAGUUUGGAAGCAUGCUGGAUCAGCUGACGGACAGGUGUGCUACCAUGUGCUUAUUGGUGACUCUAGCCUAUUUCUACCCCAGCUAUAUGUUUCUCUUCCAGUUGAGUAUGGUCAUUGAUAUUGCAAGCCACUGGAUCCAUAUUCAAACGAGUUUGAUGCAGGGUAAGACAAGUCACAAGUCGUACGUUGAUGCUGCAGAAAACCCAGUAUUGAGAAUCUAUUAUACUUCAAAGCCCGUCUUGUUCUCCAUGUGUGCUGGAAAUGAACUUUUUUACAGCAUGUUAUACCUCAUCUAUUUCACUGAAGGACCCGCUAGUAAGCUCUGUUGUUUGAAUAUUGUCAGAAAUGUAUUAUUCGCUGUCAUUGUUGUAUCCAUUACCAUUCAGAACUUUGAAAGCCAGAGGUGA